ACACAGCUCAGCUCUGCUCAUCUACACCACAUCACUCAACUCUCUCACCAUAUCCAUUCCAUCACAUUCACAACCAAAUCCAACAAUCAUGGUUUCAGCAUGCAUUCCUCUCUCAACUCCUUUCCUCUGCCCCAAAUCCACCGCCACCGCUUCCGCUUUUCCUCCUCCGCCGCCGAUGUGCGUUCGAUUCCGACCAUCACCUCGCGUCUCCGCCGCUUCCACCACCGCCGAAAGGCCGACGAGUAGACCCCACGCCUCGCAAUACCGCAUUGCCACAGCAGCAGCAUCGCUAUACCAAGUCCUGGGGAUUCAGAUCGACGCGUCUUCUCACGAGAUCAAGACUGCGUACCGUAGAUUGGCUAGAGUCUUGCAUCCGGACGUCGCAUCCAACGGUCAAAAAGACACGUCCGCAGAAGAGUUCAUGAGGAUCCACACAGCCUAUUCCACCUUGUCUGAUCCCCUAAAACGCGCCGAUUACGAUCGGAGUCUAUUCCGGUGGAGAAGGUCGGUGAGUUCGCCGUUGUCGGCUUCGGGCUUUUCGGGCUACAAGCGACGGACGUGGGAGACGGACCAAUGCUGGUAGUGAAUAGAGCUUCGAAAGAGGCAAAAGUGACUAUAUAUUAACUACCAUUAAUAUAUAACAUUUUGUAUGUAUAUUCAGCAAAGGUUCCAAUUCGAAGCAUAUAUGUAUGCAAAUUAUUAUGUAAAGGUGUUAUCGGACGCUGUUUUUUGAAGUCUGAAACAUCCCCCAAAUAUGGAAAUUGUUGUUAUUAUUCAGCUGGUUUCAUUUCAUAACUUAA